UCUCGCGUCUCCUGACACCAGUCGUGGAGCACAGAGGUCGGCGUUAAUCCUUCAUUUCUUCCUGUGUACAUAUUUGUUUGUGCUUUAUUCAUUUUUUAUGUAAGGAUUAAGCUAAAUUAUCCCAGUGAACCUUCAAGCUUCUUAUGCUAUCUUAUCGCGCUAGUUAUCUUAGCUUGCUAGCGGCUAACAAGGAGUCGCGGAAGUGAUCGUCAACCGCUCCUGAAUGUUGUGAUCGUGGAAACAAAAAUGUGUCAAGUACAAAUGCUGAGAGUGUUGGUGACUCGGCGACUGACUGCGGCUGUUGAAGACAUAUUUGCAGUGUUAGAAAGAACGAUAGCAGAGUACGAGGGCGAACUUUCUCGAACAAAAGAGGAGAACGAGCGACAACGUCAACUACUGGACGCGGUUUUCAAGAAGCCUCAAGUUGUGUUCCACAGAACAGAUGUCUACGAGCUGACUGGACAUCAGAAAGAAUGUCUCCCUAAGUCGCAGGGGGGGAACUCCGCUUUGAAGCAUCCACAGCCCCCUCCUGUUAAAGAGGAAGGUCCACAUCCCCUCCACUGUAAAGAAGAAGAAGAGGGAGAGCGUCUUCUAGGGCAGGAAGAGGCUGAUCUCAUCAAGUUUCCACUGACUGUUGUCACUGUGGAGACUGAAGACCAUGAAGACAAACCACCUGAGUCCUCACAGCUUCAUCACAGUCCAAACGUCCAGCAGCUGAUUGGACAUCAAGAAGAACCUCUCUCUCAGUUGCUGGAGGUGAGCUCCCGUUUCAAGCAGGAGGAACCACAGCCCCCCCACAUUAAAGAGGAAGAUGAGAAACUCUGUAUCACUCAGGAGAGAGAGUGUCUUCUAGGGCAGGAGGAGGCUGAUCUCACCAGCUUUCCACUGACUGUUGUCUCUGUGAAGACUGAAGACCAUGAAGACAAACCACCUGAGUCCUCACAGCUUCAUCACAGUCCAAGUGAGGAGAAGAGAGAGGUGGAGCCUCCAAGCAGCAGCUCACCACAACACAUGACAACAGAAGAUGAUGGAGACGACUGUGGAGGAUCACAAGUUGACAUUCUCUUAGCUCCACUGUCAGAUAGUGACGACUCAACAUCACACGUUAAUGUAAAUAUGGAAUCACACAUGAAAACUCACACAGAGAAAAAACCUUUCAGUUGUUCAGUUUGCGGCCAAAUAUUUUCCCGAAAAGGUAGUAUUCAAAUACACAUGAGAACACAUACAGGAGAAAAACCUUUUAUUUGUUCAGUUUGUGCCAAAGGCUUUGUUACAAACUCUGACUUGACUCGACACAUGCGGACACACACUGGAGAAAAACCUUUUAUUUGCUCAAACUGUGGCAAAACGUUUUCUCGAAAGGGAAUGAUGCAGUUACAUAUGAGAACACACACAGGAGAAAAACCCUUCAUUUGCUCAAUCUGCGGAAAAAGGUUUUCUCGGAAGGGAAUUAUGAUGUCACACAUGAGAACACAUACAGGAGAAAAACCUUUCAGUUGUCCAGUUUGUGGUAAAAUAUUAUCUCACAAACGUAAUAUGCAAAGACACAUGAGAACACACGCAGGAGAAUAACUUUUCCUUUUUGGAAGUCCUCUUUGAAUGGACUUCUGCAGAGUCACUAAUGGUUUACUGCACGGCUUCUCUAAAGUUUGUACUGUUUUCCAGAUCCAGACCAUGAUUCUGUCUGAACCCAGCUAGCCCACUCUUAUGUUAUGAAUUAAAAAACACUAUCAAGUGUCUUUUAGGUACCGGUUAAAAAAAAAACAACAAUAAAAUAUGAUUCACAAGAUCCUUUAAA